UCGACGGAAAGCCGGCCUUGCUGUACGUCACCACCGGGGAAGGCCUUCUCCUCUCGUCUCGACGUCUCCUCUCCUCCUCCAAAUCGAGAGGCCAUAGAGAGAGAGGGUCAGAGAGAGAAACCUAGCCCCUUGAAUGGAGGACUCGAACGGCGCCGAGAUCAAGGCCCCGCCGCCAGUCCAGCGACGCCCGCCGCGCCCGCGUGGAGGCGGCUUCACCCCCGAGGGCUUCGUGGCCGCGCUUCGCCGCCGGCUGAGCUCCGGUGCCGCGGUGGCCGCGCGUGCCAGCUUCGCGGCGGACUCUGGGGACGAGUCCGGCCCCCCCGAGCCCUCCUCGUCGCACAGCCGCCGCGACUCAAGCGGGGACACCUCGUCCGCCGGCGGCCCCGGGGACUUCACCGCGUUCAGCUUCCGCGCGGCUGCCCCAGUCCACCGGAAGGCGAAGGAGAGUCCCCUGAGCUCCGACGCCAUCUUCAAGCAGAGUCAUGCAGGCCUUUUCAAUCUGUGCAUUGUUGUUCUCGUUGCAGUGAACGGCAGGCUGAUUAUUGAGAACUUAAUGAAGUAUGGCUUAUUAAUACGAGCUGGCUUUUGGUUCAACUCUACAUCAUUGCGGGACUGGCCACUUCUAAUGUGCUGCCUUAGUCUACCAGCCUUCCCCCUUGGUGCAUUUUCAGUUGAGCAGUUGGCGUUCCGUAAUGUUAUUACUGAUGCUGUUGCUACCUGUCUUCAUAUCAUUCUUACAACAGCUGAAAUUGUAUAUCCUGUGCUUGUCAUUCUUAUGUGUGAUUCUGCGGUUGUGUCUGGUUUUUUGUUGAUGUUUAUUGCAUGCAUUGUUUGGCUGAAGCUCGUAUCUUUUGCCCAUACAAACCAUGACAUAAGGCAAUUAACCAUUAGUGGUAAGAAGGUUGAUAAUGCACCCAGCACAGAUGACAUGGAUAGUUUACAAGCUCCAACUUUAGGGAGCCUAGUAUACUUCAUGAUGGCUCCAACACUGUGCUAUCAGCCAAGUUAUCCUCGAACUGAAAAUGUUAGAAAAGGGUGGCUGAUUCGUCAAAUUAUUCUGUACUUGAUAUUUACAGGUAUUCAAGGUUUCAUUAUUGAGCAGUACAUAAAUCCAAUCGUCGUGAACUCUCAACAUCCAUUGAAAGGCGGACUUCUGAAUGCUAUAGAGACUGUUCUGAGGCUCUCAUUACCAAAUGUUUACUUAUGGCUUUGCAUGUUCUAUUGCUUUUUCCAUCUCUGGUUAAAUAUACUUGCUGAGAUUCUUCGUUUUGGUGACCGUGAAUUCUACAAAGACUGGUGGAAUGCAAAAACAAUUGAUGAGUAUUGGCGAAAAUGGAACAUGCCCGUGCAUAAAUGGAUUGUUCGUCAUAUAUAUUUUCCUUGCAUGCGAAGUGGUAUAUCGAAGGAAGUUGCUGUUUUUGUAUCAUUUUUUGUAUCUGCCGUGCUCCAUGAGCUUGUUGUUGCUGUCCCCUGCCGAAUUCUCAAGUUCUGGGCAUUCUUAGGGAUCAUGCUGCAGAUCCCCCUUAUCACAUUGACAUCAUGCCUCAAAAACAAAUUCAGGGAUACAAUGGCCGGCAACAUGAUAUUUUGGUUCUUUUUCUGCAUCUACGGCCAGCCUAUGUGCGUUCUCCUGUACUACCAUGAUGUGAUGAACAGGAUUGGGAAGACAGAAUAGAGCCACAUAUUCUUUCUUAUUCCACUUUGGACCAACGGAUUCAGAGAAGCAAUAAUAUGUACAACAUGAAACCGCAUAAUUUCUUACACUGCAACAAUCUUUCUUGGAAAAUCUAGCAGCUAACUAGUCGUGGGCAUUAUUGUACAUGUACAUAAGCUUAUGUUUUUCACAUUCUACUUGUAAAAAUCCUGCCCA